AUGUAUACCUCGAACGCUCUCACAACAACCUUCCUCUCCCUCCUCAGUCUCGCCACCGCUCUCCCAACUACACCACCCACUGAACUCGUUCCACGCUGCGGAACAACUAUCCUCCCCGUCCUUCAUAGCAUCUCCAACAAAAACCCCUCGCAACCCGCACCCCUUACAACAACCUUCAGCGUCUCCACCACCGUCAACCCAGCACCCCAACCACCAACCCUCGUUAACACAAUCCUAACCUUCCCCUCCAUUCCCGCCAACUCCUACGGCUGCACAAUCGCCUACCGUAUCCCCUCCGGCACACCUGUAACCAUCACCGGCAACCCAACUUUAAACAUCACCACUCUAGGUCCUACAUCUGCUGGCUACACAUGGGAUUCCGUAUACGCUCAACAACCGCAGCCGUUUACGCAUGGACUUUUCGGAACGGUGAAUCUGGCGCAGGGUGGUGAGGCGGUGGUCAAUAGUAUGGCAUGUCCGGUUGGCGGGGGACAGUUGGUUUUUAUGGCUGCGAUUGCGAAUUGGGUUUGGGGGAGUGCCGGGGUGGAAGUUGCGCAACAGAAUGGAGCGGGGUUUUAUUUGACUUAUAAUUGUUAA